GAAAUGACCACAUUGCAGGAUGUGGACGUUUUUAAAGGUUCCUGAUACACAGGACCAAACUCUGCCUUCCCUAGGUUGCAUCCAUUUACACUCCCAUCAGUGGCAAUGACACAGCCUAGUCCUCUGUGCCCUCACAUUGUCACCAGUUUUGAUAUCUCAGUAACCAGCUUGGUAUGUGGCAAUUAUAUUUCUUUUUACUUUGUAUUGCUUUGAUUAGAUGACUUCGUAUCUGUUUUUUUCAUGCAUUUCUUCCUUUGGUCAUCAUCAGCUUGAGUCGUUUGCCCAUUUUUCUAAUUUAGUUUCAUGUUUUCUAGUUUAAUAUUGGUGUUCUUCUGAUUGAUUCUUAAGACCUCUUUAGGUUGUAACAUCACUAAGCCUUUGUUAUCUGUGUUGCAAAUAUGUUUCCUUAUUUGUCACUUUUCUUUUAAUUUUGCCUAUGGGGUUUCUUGCUACAUAGUUUUUAAAUGUGAUCUGUUUAAACUUUAUGGUUCUUCUUUUGCUUUAUGUUUGGAAAGGUCUUAUCUACUUGUAGGAUCAAUUAUGCAUCUGCAAUUUCUUUUAGUGCUCUUACGUUUUUUAAAAAUAAAUUUUAUUUUUUAGUUAAUCUCUAGUGUUCUGUCAUAUUGUGUGAGGCAAGAAUCUAAUGUCCAUCUUUCCUCUUAAAUAGUAAACUAUUGCACUUGCCUUCCUUUCGAACUAACAAGAAAACCAUCUUUCAUACACUAAAUCUUUAUACUAAGGUCUGUUUCAAGUUGUUCAAUGGAGAUUUAUUUAUAUUUUUCUUUUGCCAGAACCCAACUCUGUUAAUUAUUACAGCUUUUUCAUUUGUUGGUUAUUCUAAAUAAAUUUUAGGAUGAUUUUGUCACGUUCAGGAAUACAUCUGGAGUUAAUGUCCUAAAAUAAAAGUCAGAUCGUGCCACUCCCCCAUGGGAAAUCUUUUAAUGACUCCUCACCACCUUCAGAAUGUAAAGGUCAGACCCCUUCAUGUGGCAUCCAAGCUUCCUAGACAUGCCCAGCCAAACCCUCUGUCUUGUGUGUUUCUACUCCCUGCUUGUGAUUUACACUUCAGAUCUGCGCCUGUCUCCUGUGCUAUUUCUCACCUCCCCAUCUCUGCUGCUCUAUCUCCCUUAAUGGCCUUGACUAAUUCCCAUUUACCCCAAAAUCCAUCACCACCUCCCUGACUACUCUCACAGUGUCCAGGCUCUGUGGCCACUUGUGUGUGUCCAUUGUCCCCCUGAGCAUGUCUCUGUCACCACGUAACUCAUUGCAUCACAAUGACGAGUUAGUCUUCCCUGUGAACUCAGUAGGAGCAUCUCUUGUUCAUUUUGUAUUUCUAGUACAAAGCAUGCUACCUGUCACACAGUAGGUGGUGUAGCUGGAUUAGAGGAGAAUAUCCAAGAUUGGAAAUAAAACAGAAGCCAGCAGUGUGUCUCUCCCUGCUUCCAUUAUCCUCCACCAUUUACCAGAGAUAUAUGUUGGGUAAAGGAGGAAAACGGAAGUUUGACGAGCAUGAAGAUGGGCUGGAAGGCAAAAUCGUGUCUCCCUCCGACGGUCCGUCCAAGGUGUCUUACACCUUACAGCGCCAGACUAUCUUCAACAUUUCCCUUAUGAAACUCUAUAACCACAGGCCCCUCACAGAGCCCAGCUUGCAGAAGACCGUGCUCAUCAACAACAUGUUGAGGCGGAUCCAAGAGGAGCUCAAACAGGAAGGCAGCCUGAGGCCUGUGUUCCCCGCCUCCUCCCAGCCGGCCGACUCGCUGAGCGACAGCUACCGAGAGGCCCCGGCCCCCCUCAGCCACCCCGCGUCCCCUUCUGCGCACCCCUGCGACCUCGGAAGCACUACGCCCCUGGAGGCCUGCCUCACCCCGGCCUCGCUGCUCGAGGACGAUGAUGACACUUUUUGCACUUCCCCGGCCAUGCCGCCGGCUGCUCCCGCCAGAGUCUCCCCUCCAGCCCUCCCACCGGAGAAGGACAGCUUCUCCUCGGCCUUGGACGAGAUCGAGGAGCUCUGUCCCACAUCUACCUCCACCGAGGCCACCACCGUGGCAGUGACUGACAGCCCGAAGGGGGACUCCAGCGAGUCCAGCCUCCAGAAACCCGAGGGGCUCCAGGAGGGCCGGCCUGACGACUCGAAACUGAUGGACUCUCUACCCGGGAACUUUGAAAUCACGACGUCCACAGGCUUUCUGACAGACUUGACCCUGGACGACAUCCUGUUUGCCGACAUCGACACGUCGAUGUAUGAUUUUGACCCCUGCACGUCCACGUCGGGGACAGCCUCAAAAAUGGCCCCGGUGUCCGCCGACGACCUCCUCAAGACUCUGGCUCCUUACAGCAGUCAGCCCGUCGCCCCGAGUCAGCCUUUCAAAAUGGACCUCACAGAGCUGGACCACAUCAUGGAGGUGCUCGUCGGGUCCUAAGACCUGGGGACCCGGUGACUGUGCCCAUCCAGACCCUGCCAGCGUCCCACACCCUGACAGCUCUCCGCACUGUGCAUGCACCCUUGCUUGCCUUUUUCAGAGAAAACGAAACAUUUUACAAAAGGAUCACACUAGUUUUUGCUUUGAGCAGAGUUGGAGUGCCUUCAUCCAAGUACGACCACUUUUAAUAUGCUUUUCGGAGUGGUUCCUCAGAGACCUGCUACCCUGGAAUAGGAAAGAAUACAUUGGAAGACAAUGUUGCUAUGCUGAAUGACAAAAAUAAACAGUUCAAGUGAAGCACAAGGAAUAAGUUGGAAAAGCUGUAAAUUGCAUGUGCAUAUUUGUCUAUUUUUUCUAUAAGUUUUAUUGCAAGAGGUAAAAAAAGAAAAAAAAGAAAAAAUAUAUAUAUAUUAUUUAGAUAAUCUCAGUACCUUUUCUGGCAUUUUCGCCCUGUAUAGGUUGACUUGGCAAUUCAGCCUUUUUAGAGGCAUUAACUACUCCUCAUAAGUGUUGCAUUUACAUGGCUGUUUAGAAACUGCUGCCCAAAUUUAUUUUAUAUUUUUGUACAGAUUCUGCAGUUUAUGAUAUUGUUUUUCUAAAAACAAAUGCUGUUUAUACAUAUGAGAUAGCUAUUUUGAUAGGAUUUGCUCACCUAGUUCCUGCAAACUUCAGAUGUACAAGUUGCACUUGUACUUUUAUAGAGUUGUAAUGUUUUAUAUGUGUUUGGUGCAAAGAGAAAAUUGGAUCAAAUCAGUCUGCAGUUGAUGUCCCCAAAUGCAAACACACACACACACACACACACACACACACACACACAGUGCUUUAAGGAAGGGCCAGGCGAUAUCACACCCAAAUUUCAGGAGCACCGACCCCCUGGCAUGAACACCCGCCAGCACGGUGACUUCCGGAGCCAGAGCCACGUCUGCUCAUCAAAUUUUCAGUCAGCGGUUGGCGGGAGACAACUGUCAAGCUCGGGGGGGUUUAAGUGAUGGUUCUCUUUAGCUUCCUCUUUUGAGAGGAAGGCUACCGAAUACUCACUGUAUCUAUGCCAAGUUUGCGCUUUUAAUUGUUUUUAUUUUUUUUAAACGAAAACCCAAAUGUUUCCCUUUUUGGCGUAAUUUUUAUGAUGACGUGAAAUUUUACACGUGAACAAAAUUUUAUGAAAAGCAACCAACCUCUUCACGGAACUAAACCGUACCGCAAUGCUUAAGGCUCGUAAAGAAGAAAAUCUUCCCCCAGAAGGCAUCCAUCAUGUCGCUCAGUUGUCUUUUGCAGCUUCCCUUCCCUAGAGCUCUCAUUCCCUCUGUUGCUAAGUGCUGGAAAUGGCAUCUUCAUGAUCACCACAGUGAGCUCUGCUCACCUUGGCUCAGCCUGGGGUGCACUCGUGUAACUCUUGAACCUGGAGUCGGUCCCAUUACAUCACGGCUUCCAAUCUGGUUACUUUCUUGAAUCAACUGCUUUAACUACACUUUGCAAGGCUGUUUUACCCCAAUACACAGACAGGACCUUCUGUGCAUGUUUCUCCUCCUCCCCCUCCCCCGCCCCCCCCAGGACACUUGAGAAGUAGCUCUUUGUUCCUAGCGGUGUACAUUUAAUUUUAAAACAUUUGCAAUGUAUCAUGCCUGUUGCCGAAAUUGUUUAUGGCCUUUUCGUUUCGUUUUUUUUUCUUUCUUCCAAUGGUACUUUAGCUGGUUACCACCUAUAUUUGUUGAAAUGCAGAUGGCUUCUUUAGGAAUAACUUUUAUAUUUAUUUAAGAAUUUUUAAAUUAUGGGAUUUGUGUUGUUGUUGUUGUCUUUGUUGUUGGUCAUUUGUCAAUAUUGAGUCACCAAUUCUGCUCACUUCUUGCCAUGGAUAAAAUUGAGUCUUUCUGGCCAAUUAAAAAAGUCAGCUUUAUAAAAUGGCACUUUAAACAAGCCAUAGAUAGUUUUAUUUUUAUAAUGCACAUGGGGAAGUAAUUACAUUUGUGAUGAAGGAACUGCUCAUCUAAGCAAAAGAUUCGUGUAUGAUAUGAUUGAAUCUUUCUACAUUCUAAUUUACUUCCCCCCCCACUUGAAUGUGUUUUUAAAGGCUACUUAUCAACUCAGAACAGUGAGAAACGGAUCAAAUUGCACCUGUUCCCCUACAGCCCACCUCCACCGGAACACCUCGUGCUGCUUCAGAUGUGUCACCUCCUUUGGUAGGACUAGGGACCAGAUAGCGAAGGUGAGGGUUGUUGUAGAUGCUUCCGGUGUCACUGUGCCUGUCCGUUUUAAGAGCUUCCUUUUCCUAUGGAGAACAAGUCAGUGCAGACGCCAUGCUUUUGAUAACUGGAAGACCCAGCCGACUCACCCCCUGCCGCACACAUACACAUACGUGCACACACACAAUAGUGUUGAUGAUGCCCAACAAUAACAGGCUAAGGGCGGCUGAUCAGCCAUUGUUAAAGGCUGAUUUACAGUAACUUAGAACAACUGUACUCUGGGUGGAUUAGCAAAUCGUGUGUUUAAACAAAUCCCAUAUGUUGGGCAACAGUUCAGAUAAGCACAGCGAAGUGUUGCCCAGACGUGGUUCUCCGACUCUCUCGUGUUUGUAAGGCUGGGCUUCAGAAUCAAAACAAAACCCUCGAGAACAGCAGGCAGAUGCUUUUUAACUCUGGAUACUCUUGCCGUAAAUGCUUGAUAUUCAAGGUCUAAUGGGGAGGAUAGGGGAAGUUAGUGGCCCAUUUUAAAAGAACAAAACCAUCAAGUGUUCAAGUUAUCUUUGUGUCUUAUUUUUACAAAGUGAUGUCCCAACAGGGAAGAACGUGAGCCUGUGUGCCAUCUCCGAGUCCCAGUCUGACUGUGGGACGUGCUUCCAGAUGCCACCUGGCAGCAGUGCCCUCCCGGUGCUGGAGGACAUCACGUGGCAUUCAGUAAGCCAGGCAGGCAGUUUGAGGUGCCUUCAUGAGAAAGACGUGCCGGGUGGGGCUGGGAGAGGACAAUUAUUGACAGUGAUGUGCAAUGAAGUGACAAGACGAGAGCAGAAUAAUAAGAGCUUUGAAUUUGAAGUGAUUUUUUUUCAUAAGUUAUUUAUUCCUUUUUUCUGUGUAAAUAUAUUUAUUUUACUGUGGAGCUCUAACAACAUCUGGAUCGUAACAUGUGCAGAAUGUAUGGUAGGAAUGUAUUCUCUUGUAGGAAUGUCAAUCUGUAUUAAAAGGGGGUCCGAGCCAGACCCCUGGGUCUUCUCAUCGUAUGCACAGUCCACAUUCAUUUUUACUCUCUUCUCUAAUAUGGGUCUAUUUGAAAUAUGCAAAAGGUAUGGAUGAGGAAUGUUUUAAUACCUCCAAAUUUUUAAGAAAAUCAAGCAUCAAAGGGUUGAUAUUUUUAAACAUGUUUCUAGUAGCACUUUCUCUUUAUGACAGACGGGGCCACCACACUGACACCCUUGUUCACAUCAGAGGCUGAGAACGAGCUGGGCCCCUGCUCCACCUCCAGUGUCUUUAUCAAUUAAGCUUUUGAUGGCCAUAGCCCCUCGGAGCGUCCCAGCGGCCCUGAGGUCAAUCAAGGAAAAUUUCUUAAGUAAAUAAGCUCCAAAGAGCCAAAGUAUCAAUUUACGGAUCGUUUUUAAAGCCUAAAUUUAUUAGCCACCUUUGUGGUAAACAAUGAAUUAUGAAUCCCGCAGGGCAGCCUUCUUAAAUGACAGAUGUAAAAAAACAACUAAGAGACUCUGCUUUGUGCAGCGAUUGUCCUUCUCCAUAUGAAUUGUCUUAAUUUCAAAACCUUGCUGUUACAAAUUGGACCUUUAUACAUUUUCUGAAAAUAUUGAAAAGAGCUUAUUUAACCCGUUCUGGCUGUAAAUGGUUAACUUCCUGGUACCUGCCAAUGGCAGCGAGGUGCGUGCGUCCUGCUUGUGUACAGUUGUUUUCAGUGCUUCUAAGAACGAGUCUAAAUGGUUCUUGAAAAUUGGCCAGGAUCAAAUGCGAUUGCAGACAAAGCCAAUAAAAAUUUUGGACAUCUUUUGGGGAUAACAAGUUUAGAAGAGAAGUGCAAUCCAUACAAGCAAACAACCAAGAUUUUGGAAAAGAUGUACAUAGUGGUGUGUUUGGUGCAUGGUGUUUUGAGGAGGGCUUCUGUCAAAAAAGGAGGUGUAACCUUUCCCCCACAGACCUGAGAGCUGUGCCUUUUCUAUGCAAUAUUACAGACGUUACAUCGGAACCCAGAUGGCUGUAUUCACGUGUAGGUUUGGGCUGUAAUCUAAACAAUUGGACAGAUUAAAUGUACAUGGAAAUGAGCAGUCUUACUUUUGUAGUUUUAUAUUAUACAAUAAACAGUUAAAAGAUGA